UCGAGUCCGGGACGCACAGCGCGAGACGUGCAGCGCUGCAGAAGUUAGUGACACUCAUUAUUUGCGUCUUUUUGGGGGUUUUGCGCAGAUCAGAGCGACAUGUGCGACGACAGUCAACCCGAGGUGGAACUUUUCGUGAAGGCGGGCAGUGAUGGUCAGAGCAUCGGGAACUGCCCUUUCUCACAGAGGCUCUUCAUGGUGCUGUGGCUGAAGGGAGUGACAUUUAACGUCACUACAGUCGAUAUGAAGAGGAAGCCUGAUAUCCUGAAGGAUUUGGCUCCUGGAGCUCAGCCCCCGUUCCUGCUGUACGGGAGGGAAGUGAAGACAGACACCAACAAGAUCGAGGAGUUUCUGGAGGAGCACCUCAGCCCUCCCAAGUACCCACGCUUGGCAGCCCGUAACCCAGAGUCUAACACCGCUGGCAUGGACGUGUUCUCCAAAUUCUCAGCCUACAUCAAGAACUCCAACCCAGGGAUGAAUGACAACCUGGAGAAAGGCCUGCUGAAGGCUCUGAAGAAGCUGGACGAUUAUCUAGGCUCUCCUCUACCUGAUGAGAUUGACGAGAACAGUGCAGAUGAUGUCACCACGUCAACCCGUCCCUUCCUGGACGGUCAGGAACUCACGCUGGCCGACUGCAACCUGCUGCCCAAGCUACACAUUGUCAAGGUGGUCUGUGAAAAGUAUCGGGGUUUCACCAUCCCUCGCACCCUUGCAUCACUAUGGCGAUACCUGGAUGCUGCCUAUGCACGAGAGGAAUUCUCCUCCACCUGUCCGAGUGACAACGAAAUACACAUCGCCUACGCGACCGUCGUAAAAGCGCUCAAAUAAGACGAAACACACACACACAUACACACGCACACACACACACGGAUUCAUGGAGAGUUUGCCAACUUGUAUUUUUGCCAAUGAGCUCAGGAGACGAGUUUUACAUUCACAUAAACACAUUCAGCUAUGUAUAUAAUCCCAAACUCAGUCUUAUUGUAGGUUUGCAUUUCAGCAGCUGUUAAAGGAAAGAUUCACUUCAUUUUCAGAUGUCCAGCAGCCGAGCGUAUGAGCUGUUUUCCUGACGGAAGGGAGAUGCAAGAAGUUCUAAUAGUCAGGCCAGUAAUUGGGGAGUUGCUGUCUGUUAUCUUAUUCUCUGAAGUUCUAUAAAAUCAGUCUAAGUCAUUUUACGGUGCACCGAUCUUAAAAAAGAAUGUCACAAUACAGUUUGGGCGUGACAUUUUCUACAAGUCAGACAUGAACAACUACAGAAAAAAGCAGAAGCAAAGCUGAAAGUUAACCUCUCCAGCAUUUCCUUAUUCUAAAAACAGUAUCACUAGCCACAGCUAACGUGCCAAGUCACUGCUAAUCACACCUCAGUGGAGGGGUUCUAUGUUUUGGUCACAAACUUCAAGACAGAAAAUCUCGAUUACACUUAAAAUAAAACACUUUUAAAGAUAUAUUGUUUGUUCCUCAGUCCAAACAUGGAAAUUAAGCUGCAAAAACAGCCAGUUUCUAAUUAUUUGUUUGUGUUUUUUUUUUAACCAGCACAUUUACAUAACUAUGUGGACUUCAAAUACAAGAAUAUUAGCUAUGGGUCCUUAAUUUUCAUCCAUAUUUGAGAUUUUGUUUGAACCCACCAGCCCCAUUUUCUCUUUCCACCACUCGUUAUACUUGUUUACUGCAGUCUGGCCACCGGAGCUGCUACUGUUCCCAAUGCAACGCAAAGCUGAAAGCAUGUUGAAACUGUUGAAGGCAAGACUAUCAGCCAGCCGCCUUCCCUUUGAACGGGAUCUGCUUGGUGUUAUUUGAAAAUACAGUGAAUCUUUCCUUUAACAAGCGAGUCGGCAAGGAAAUUUACUAUAUUAUGUUAUUCAUUCAUUCAUUCAUUCAAAGCUUAAAGGCCCAGACAGCAGGAACACCCUUCCUGCAGCAGGAAGACAAAGCCCGGAUUAUUCAUUACUCUUCACUGUAUUUCUUGGAAGUGCUUGUCUUGUUAGAUGCGCACCCUUCUUCUCUGUACUCAUACACACCUGUGCACAGGUAUGCGCCACAUCAUCUUGUGACGAUUAAAUGGGAAUCAAACAUUUCUGCAUAAUUCAGUGCAAACAGAGUCAUUCAGAGUGUGAGACACUUCACUGUAGAGACUCAAAACAUUGGAAAACUUGCCAAUGUCUUGAGCUUCAAUGUGUUUAGUGUAAUAACUUUCUGUGAGGGAGCUUUGAGAGGUGGAUGUCUGGUUCCUAUCACCACCACUGUGAACAGUGCUGCAGAUUCUCUAAAAUGGAGCCUUUCACAUCAAACCACAGUGGAUGACUCUACACAUUAUCCAUUAAAUUGUGCAGAAAUGUGUCAAAAUAAGUGUAAUUCCCUUUUUAAUGUGCUUUGCUAAGUGGCUUGUUUUCCUGUUUAAAAAGAGAAGUGCCGGUGUUUUAGUAUUGGUUAUUGGUAUUGUUUUGUUUUCUUUUUUUAGUGCAUGUUUGGACACGAACCAACACCACCUCUGCCGUUCCCACACUCCGCUUCAGCCCUGCGCUCAGCUGCCCUCGCUUUAUGUUUUUGAAACAAACCCUCGCGCAGACACCAACACAAACGAGGCUCACGCAGCCCGUCCAUCUAAGCCCAUGCUGAAGUUCAAUGCUUUGCCAUUUCUUAAGGCCUCAUGCACACCAUCCUUACAAAUGGAGCCAAUAUAUAUCACACACUUCUACAGCCCGCAAAGCUCUGCGGACCCUCCAGCCAUCCAAGCAAAGCAAAAGCAGGCUGUUUAUGAAACGUUUGGCCGUUUAUUUGCGCUGAAGGAAGUGAAGCAGGGGGCUCGGAUAGUUUCACUUCUCCAUCGCGGUACAGCAGAGCUUCUGUGCUCAGCGUGGCUCAGUGUGGCUCAGCGUCCUGACCUCAGAUCAGCCCUGAAGCAGGUGAACGGUUUCUGACAGGAUGCAGUUGCCUCAGACCCUUCGUGCUACUUUCCUCUUUCAGUUCUACCAAACAAAACGAAAGACUACGUGACUAGCAAUGUUGCAUACACUCGGCUAUGGAGCAACCACUCACUGUGGGGCUGUUUUACUGGCCCAUGUUGCUGCAACUGUGAACAGAUGCACCCAAUUCUGCCCAUAGAUUAGCCCGUUCUGAUGUACAAUUUAUCUUCUUUUAGUAUCACUUAGUAUUAAGCAGCUAGUUGUUAAUGCUGGUAUGUUUACCUUCAAAGUCUUGGUGCAAACAGCAGGUUGUAAACAAUGAAUUGGCAGUUUUCUUUUCCAAACUGCUGUUAAAAGAAUAUAUUGAGGCUCUUUAGGCCCAAAGGUGGAUUAUGCUGCGUUUGACUGAACUCGUAACUCAGAUACCAAAGAAAAUGAGAUUUCCUACUUGGACAGCCCGGAAGAAAGUCAGGAACUCCAGAUUUAAUGCAUCAUGUCUUAUCAACAUAGUCUAUUUACUUGAGAUUACUCAACCUACAGACACGGUAGAUGUUGGACCUCUGGCACCAGGUCCACUAGUGGUCAUUCCACUAGUAGAAUAAGAAUCAGUUUGGAUAUUUUUAAUGAAAAUAAUGAAAGAAACUUUUUCUGCUUAACUCUGUUAUCAGAUUAACCGCUUAAAUUGCCAGGCCCAAAGUUUUAUUACACACUUCUAUAAGCUAAGAAUAGCUCAGCCAGUUUGCAUUGAAGUCCCUGUAGUUACUGAGUAAUAAGCCUUAGUAUGUAACAAGCCUGGGAUUUUAAGAGGUUGGCUGAGAUCUCUAGGAUUAACUUGGCUCUCUGUGUGUGACUCUGUGUUGUGCUGCUAGCGAAGACAACCUAAAGAUAUUCAGUCAGUGUUAUUAACAAAAACAAAAAAAAAGGAUAGUUUAAGUGAGAGACAUUCACAACAGCUAGUAUGGCUAAAUGUAUAAUUUAAAGUCAGCUGAUUUGAGAAAAGAUACAUCACAAACAGUAAAGUUAUCACUCAUAUCUUUAAUGCUGGCUAGCUUGUUGCUUACGAUACUCACUCUCAAUGUUUUAGCUCAAAUCAAAAUAACGCAAUUUUCCGAGCUUUGAUUACCCGAGUUUAGUCGAACGCGGCAUUAAUGUACAGACUCUUUUGGGUGGACAGUGGUUAAACAGCUGAAAAGAGUCCUGACAUCACAACAAGGGGAUAAACGUGGUGGGCUUUAGUUUUAUUCCCAAAGCAUCUCCUUUAGUAUACCUUAUUUUUUUCAGAUUUUGCAGCAACCUUGCUACAUAACACUGACAUAACUGUGCCCUAAACAUGUCAUGACUGAUGUCAUUUGCUGUCAUUAGACAUGACAGACUAUUCUCGGUAAUACAACAUCAUAACAUUUCAUAUAUCAUGACGGCUAACCAGAGUGCGCUUAGCAAAAGUCACCUUGUGGUAUAAGCCAUCAUAGCAUCAAACAUCAUGGAAUAAAACUGUUAUACUGGUAAACAGACAUGACACCUCGUUUUUGGCAGGGUUACGUUAAUCAUAUGUAGCAGGGCUGGAGGUGUCCCCAAACUUUUGAUGGGCAGUGAGCAUACGUUUCCCAAGCACAUGAACUCCCGGGUGCUCGCUUUGUGUGGGUGGGUGCGUGUUUGCGUUCAGAGCGUCCAGCACGUGGUCAGAUCUCCUGCAGGCCCACCGCUUUCGCCUCUGCCUCCCAGAGGAGAGCAGAAGCAGAGCGAAUGGGUGGGUGUCGGUCGGCUCACUGCUCAACAGCAGCUGGCAGCUCCACGCAUCAUCUGCACACCCACAGGUGGUGAGCCGGUCCGGUUACACGUCCACUCAUCCUCCCUUCAGAGAGCCAGCCAGAAACAGAACCACCCAGGCAGCAGCAGCAGCUGAGACUUUAACCCUUAGGAGGCCAGAGUUACAGUCCUGUUCCUGUACAUUUACUCUAUAGUGUGUAAUAUUUACUUAUAUUGAUGCUUUGGCAUCAAUUCUUCACCUUAGAAAUCAUUAUUAUAUGAUCCAUUUGCGAUACAUUUAACUUACAUGCAUUACUAUUUAUAUGUGGUGACACAAUUGCAUAAUUCAUUACAUAAUUUAGUAAUAAAAUAAACUAAUGUUACCCAUCAUUGCCCUCUAAAUACAUCAUUAAUAAACAUCGGAUAAACAAACAUUAUUCACUGCCCUCUGAAAGUGUUAGUAACAAAUAUCAAAUAAAUGUUACUCACCGUCGUCCUCUAAAGGUGUUAUUAAUAAAGAUCAAGUAAAUGUUGCUCACCUUCACCCUCUAAAGGUGUUAUUAACAAACAUCAAAUAAACGUCACCCCCCCCCAAGGAGUUGUAUCACUAGUCAGAUUAGAACUGCAUGUCUCAACAAAUAUAUUUAUUAACAUUAACAUCAAAUUACAGCAUGUUUUUGUUAUUGUUGGUAAUAACUGUGGCUUUUAAGGGUUAAAGAAGGAGUUUAGAGUCAGAGCUCAGCUGUUUCAGAUGUACAUCAGCUCUAGUUUGCUCAGAAAGCUGCUGGAACUGCUGUUGUUGGCAUGUUUUGUUGUCGGUGUGCUGAGAAACCUGUCUUUCCCGUUGUGCUAAUUGCUGAUUGUGGCUCUGUUUCUGAAUGGCAGUUUGAGGAGAGGGGAGGCUGUGUACUGAGUGAGGAAGCCUCGGUUUGGGUUUAAAUUCUGUGCAGCUGCUUCUGACCAUUUAUUUUGUCUUUUUCUCCUAAAUGUGGCCUGUUGUUUCAAAUUGCAUUGUGCCUCCUCAGAAUUGGAUGCUGAUGAUUUUCUUUUGCACUACGAAAGGGGCGAGCGUCUCAGAUUAGGACUGAGCUCAGAGUUUAAAACGUCAGUUUCAAUUGUCUCAGGUUUCAAAGAGAGUGAAAUUGCAGGUCUAGGGUCAGAUUUCAUGUCUAAAGGACCGUGGUGGUCAAUGGCAGCGACUGUAAAAUCAAAUAUACAACAAGACAUGUUUGGUAUCUAAGGUUUGCUACGAUGCUAAUAAGCCCUCUAUGGGGAGGUGGGUAACGUCAUCUAUUCACAGGAUGUCUGUAAUGUUUAUGACUGAUUCACACAGGAUAUUCACUCAUAGGUGGGAGGGGCUUCUUGAUUUAGCUCAUCACAUCUCCAUCACACUAAAAGUUCAAUACACAACAUGUUCAUCUUCUAACAAGCAGAGAACUUGAAAAACAUUGUCAUAUUAUAGCAUGGGAUUAAUAACCUGGGAUUAUUUUUACAAGUAAUAUUAUAGUAUGGGAUUGAUACAAUCUGGUAUUAUGUCUACAGGUCAUGUUAUACCACUGGAUUAAGAUAAUUUGGAAUUAUUUCUACAGGUCAUAUUGUAGCAAGGGAUUAAUAUAACCUGGGAUUAUUUCUACAUGUCAUAUUAUGGCAUGGGAUUAAUAUAACCUGGUAUUAUUUCUACAGGUCAUAUUAUAUCAUGGGAUAAAUAUAACCAUGGUUAUUUCUACAAUUCAUUUUACAGUGUGGGAUUAAUUUAACCUGGGUUUAUUUCUUAGGGUCCUUUUAGACCAUGGGAUUAAUAUAACCUGGGAUUAUUUAUACAGUUUCUGUUACAGUGCAGGAAUAAUACAAUCUGGAGUUAUUUUUGUGUUAGUUAGUGUAAUAGCAGGGGAUGAACAAAACACUGGGAUAUACAGCAGAUAAAAGCUGCUGCAAUCAUGACGGAUUAGAACAGGCCUAAAUCACUGAGCAACACUGGUAAACAAUGACGUUACCCGACCUACACAUGUAGAACUAAUGCUGAAUAAAACUUGCAGCAUAUUUAUAUUAGCCUUGUAGCUCCAAUGCAAAACUAAAGAAGCUAAGUUUACCAAACUUAUCUUGGCUGAUAUGCUGUUAUAUGUAAAUUGAAAUGUAUAUUUAUUUAUUUAUUUGUAAUAAUAAUAAUAAGUUACAUUUAUAUAGCGCCUUUCACAAACUCAAUGUCGCUGUAAAUGAUACUUUAAAGUCUUUUUAAAAAGCAAAAUUAAAUAUAUCCGACUGGCAUCUCAGAAUAGAACACAUCUUAAAAGCUAUUUAUCAUCUUACAAAUCCUUAAAAUAGAGGUUAAAAAUCUGUGAUAUACAUCAUUAAAGCAGACGCUGCUUCUUUCCACCAAUGUCUGAGGACGAUAUUGACCAGAGAGCUGAUACUAGAUCACAUUUUAAACUGCUUUAAAGGGAAAGUUCAACCAAACAUGCGAAUAAUGCUAAUGCUACGUUAUGCUAUUUUUCAGAUUUGUACACUGACCUUGAGCAGCCUUUGAGGUCGUAUGUAUAACAGGAAGCUUAGAAUUGUAGCUGAUAACAUAUCUGACGUGCUUCUAUAUGAUCUAGCAAGGACACAUUUUCUACAUAAGCCUAAUUAGCAGCACUUCUGAUAAGAGUGAAAGCAGCUAAACUAGCUUUAGCCACAUUAGCGUUGCCUGGUUGAGCUUUUCUUUGCAUCUGGGUAAAAAGAUCUACUGCUCACUUUUUAUAUUUGCUCAAAGACACGUCACACGUCGUGUUUUCACACAUUCAUAUAUAACUGUAAGUCUUAAGGACGGUUUUUUUGAUGUGGGCCUGUGGCUGAGAUGUAGCCCCCGCUAAUCUUACUGUAAAAACGGGAACAAGUCUUAAAAUUUCUAUUUUCACUUCAAUCCAAUCAACUUUUUAUGUUUGUACUGCAGCAGUGGCCUCGUUCACUGUUACCUAAAGGGACCAACGUGUUACUUUUGAGCUCAUUUAAAAGACUGAAGGUGUUUUUUAACAUGUUGUAUGUUCAUGGAGUUUGGUGAUUUUACGAUGUCUAAAUGGGUUCAUACUGAGCAAAUUUUAUCAAAUGUAUCCAGAUAAAUGGUAUAUGAAGACUGUUUGUAAUUUAAGUGAUAUAUGAUUCUAGAAAAAAAGAUUUUUGGAGAAAUUUCAAUGUCAGAGACUGUCAGAGUCACAAUGUCAGAGUCACUCUUAUUUCUGUCGUUUAUGUGAUUUUUGCUCUUAAUUCCACCGUAUGUGGUGAACGUUGUAUUUCUAUGCUGUCAUUGUUUCGUUCUGAAUGACUCGCAUGUGAAGAUUUACAGUAAGGAGCACAAUUGCGAGCAGCAUGAAAGGAAAAACACCCCCUCCCUCUUGUUUCCGUGCCUCUUAACUGAUCUCUUUGUCUGAGGUCACGCAAAUUUUUUUCUCUGUCCGGCCGCUGCUUCUGCGCCCUUUCUUCCUUCCUAUUUUUCAUCCUUUCUUUCUCUUACACCUGAGUAUUUCAAGCAUUUCAUGCACCUUCCUUUGUGAGAAAAGCCUGUGGUUGCACGUCUGAUAUGCAGGGUGUUUAUGUUAGUGCAGAUUUAAUGGUCACAUUAAGUUUGAUUGAUGAGAUGAACAUUAGGGUGACAAUCAAAUGGAAAUGUUUUGUCCUGUUUUGUAUCCUUUUUUAAGUGCAAAUGGAAAAACUGUACACAACAAAUAGCCUUAAUAAAGAGCAGAAAUUACAGUGGA